AUGUCUGUCAUACGAGUACCCCUAUCGGAACCUAGGUUUUCGACAUUGUCGCCGACUACUACAUCAUCAACUGCUGAGCCAUCCCAUGCCCAACCCAAGAUCGUCUUCACCAGGCAGUUGUGGGAGAGAACGAUGCCAUCUGCAGAACACGACGACUUGAGUACAAAUUCCCAAGGUAUCGCAAGUGACGGAGGUGUCAAUUCGCGCAGGGUGUCGACCAACAUAUCCAUCGCUCCGCAAUUGCAGCACUCACCCAAAUCGCGGCUGUCGGACACGCCGCUGACGCCUGAAGAGUCACCGCCUUUUCGCGACCAUCGGAAGAGGAGCGCCGACGCUCUUGACCAGGAGGAGAUUCAAGACGUGAGCCCUUCGCAUACCAGAGACGAAAGUACAGAGUCCUUGGUCAACUUCUGUCUGUGCCAGCCCGAGCCAAAGGUCCCCAGACCCAGGAACGGUCAGUACACGAGACGUCUUGCUGCUAUGUAUCUUGGAAAUGCUGACAGAUCACANGCGUUCAUCCUCUACCGCCAAAACCACCAGGCUGCUGUAGUCGCUCAGAACCCAGGUCUUGCCAAUCCUGAGAUCUCAAAGAUCAUUGGCGAGCAGUGGAGAAACGAGCCCGAAGGAGAGAAGAAUCGGUGGAAGGCAUACGCAGAGGAAGAGAAGUUACAGCACCAACAGAGAUAUCCGUCUUACAGAUACCAGCCCAAGAGAUCAGGACGGCGAGGCAGUGUCUCGUCUGAAUCAGGCUUCUCGCAAUCAGACCACCGCAAGUGCCAGAAGUGCGGUGGCCGAACCAUCAUCCAUCCCACACCAAGCACACCUUCUUCGGCACGAGAACGACUUGANGAACCCCGCAGUCUGGAAACAAGUCCUUCGUCAGCCUAUCCUCACCCUCCACGUCUGAACGCAUUCCAACUUCCCCCUCCAACGCCAUCGUCGACCACAACCCCUUCCACCCGCUAUCUGCCUAUGCUCAACAACCUUUCUCUGUCAUCUCCACAUUCUCGCAACAUGAGCAACGGACACCCCUCACAGCCAUUCAUGGUCCAGCGUGGCGAAGACGAGCACUCAUCCAUCCUAUCACCUGACUCGAAGCGACGCAGAUUCGAAUCACCACAAGGAACAUAUGUUAUGUCGACGCGAACCAUGCCACCGCGACAGAAUGCAGGCCCUGGCACCCCAUUUCCCUUUGGCCCACAAGGACAGCCUCAUAUCCAGCAAAACCAACAAAUGGGUCUACCUCAUCAAUUCCCGCCUCCACCUGGUGCGCAGCAUGUCCGCAGAGAGAGCCUACCACGACCAGCUGAUCUUCUACGAGGACCAGUACCACCAAACAUGAUGGGACCACCGCCUCGUCCUGGGCCAGGCUACUCGCAGCAUCGAGCGAGCCAAGGUCAACGCACAGGUGGACCAGAGCUCAGUUUGACACUACCNCCUUUGCAAGCCGGCACCAUGUCUGGCCCUCCGACAUCCACCAGAGUAGGGCCCGGACAGCCGCCGAGCGGCAACAGAGGUAGCGAUCCCAAGGAGCUUGACAGGCGUAGUGUGGGUGAGAUCAUCGUGUCAAUGUCUUUCAUGGCCAAGGUGCAGAUCCUCGGUCGAGUUGCACCGCCUCUCUCUACAAGCGACCACAACAAGUCGCGGGCCACCAUCAUCGCCAUUGAGGGUGAUGACUCAGAAGCGGCGCGCAACGUGACAGACUGGCUCGAAGAGUUCCUGGGCCGUGAAGGUGACAUGGUUGUCAAGGUGGUCGAUGGCCCCAAGCUACCAGAAGGCAAGGACGGACGUGAGGUCGAAAUCCCAGAGCUACUGCGAACUGUGGCCGAAUGGCAUGAGAACGGCAAGAAGAUUGAACAAGUAGCUCGCGGAGACAAGGAGAGAAAGGAUAGCGACAGCAGUUCACAAUCGGGCUCAGUGCCUGACGGCGAGGCCAUGGAAGUCGACUCGUCUCAUGGCAGCAGCAGGGUGGUGAUACUACUGCGCACGUACACGGUGACAGCGUCCAACGUCUUUGCAUCGCGGGUGGCCAUCAAGGACGCGUACAAGGCAGCAGACCACUGGCAGUGGACGGCGACGUUGUGGCGCGGAAUCGUCGGACCGGACAUGACGGUUUAUGUCAAGGAGGCUGACAAGACGGAAGAUGGAGGAAAAGGCGGAGUGGAGAUCAAGGAGGAGAAUCGGAUCAUGGCGGUUCGCCGUUUCAAGGGCAGUGAAGAGAACGGCGGAGUUGAGGGAAUCGAAGCGGGUACAUUGCGACGUCUCGGAUUUGAGGUGGGUGAAUGGGUCAGGAGUGGAGGGGCAGCAAAGAAGGAGUAG